GGAAGAAGGCGGGUGCAUGACGGCAGGACAGAGGCCGGAUCGCUGCUGGCUGGCGGUGACCAGCGGUGGUGGGUUGUGGGUUCGUUUGGCGGCGUCGGUUGGAUGGCAAAUUCGGGAUUUGGUUUGCGGCUCGGCGGCCGAUCGUGAUCCUCUGGCCUUGCACCUCUGAUCGCCAUCUCGCUCAUCUUGACGUCGUCCUGACGUCGUCUUGACAUCGUCUUGGCAUCGUCCCGAGUCAUUUCGCGACAUCGUCGUCCCUUCCUGUCCGCCAUGUCCGUGCUCCGACGAUCGCUUGUGUCGAUCAGGGGCAGCUCAAAGCCCAAUCACUCCGGUGCCCACAAUGACCCUUUGGCCAUCUCGAUCAGCCCAAGCGGAUCGAGAGGACUUUGGCGGGCCGCAUCGACCCAACGAGGGCCAGUCACCCCGGCCGCAGGGUUACCGCACUCUCCUGCCUUUUGUCGGGGCCAUCUGUCGGUUUCCUCUGCCACCAGCCACACAAACGUGCCAUUCCGGCCCACACAGGCCCCGUUUGCAACCACACCCAGCACCCCUUUCCGCCAAAUCAUGGUCAUUGCCAAGUUGCCUGCAACUACGCUGCCUUGGGGAUCUUCGCUGGACUUGCCGCUCACUGCUCCGCAUCGAGCAGGUCCAGGCCAGUCUCGGGCGAUGAGCAGCGCACCUCCCAGACAACCCGAUGAUUCGGCAGCGACCUCCAAGGGCGGCCUUUGCCAAGUUGAGGUCGAUGCAGCAACCAAGCAGACUCUGGCGAAUGCAGCCGGUCAUCCGGAAAAGCCGGGACUCGAUCGGGCCCCACAAAUGCCACAUGCGGGCUCUGCUGGUCCCGAAACCGUCCGAACGAAGCCGUCGGCAUCCGAGCAUCCACAGUUUUCGAUGGGCUGGUGGAAGGACUGGGCAAUCAUCUUUGUCAUCUUUGGCAUCACCGGAUCCACGGCCGUGUCGAUUGUGCGGCCGUUUCUGAACAAUGUCAUCGGCAUUGAAGGCACAUUUGCCCAGGGCCCGUGGCUCUUCCGGAUCUGCUAUCUUAUGACGACGCUGCCGUUCUACUCGCUUGUCUUGGUCACUGUGGGCACGCUCUUUGGGCGAGGGGCCUACUUCCGCUACGUUGCCCGGCGAAUGUGGGGUCGGUUCAUUCCAAGUUCCUGGCGGCCGUGAGCACCAAAAUCUCUCUUCGAUGAUGGGAAGGGAAUGGCGAUCAACGAGCAAAGACCCGACGUUGAGGAUGAUUGCCUGAGCUGCAAAUGUGGAUUACAGCGACAAUAAAACAAUAUCACACCCACCCAAUGGAGGGAGUUCUGAGUUUGGCAGGUCGCUUGGCCCGGCCGAAGCUCAUUGUUCAUCAAGACGGGAGUGUUUCCCUGCUGGAUCGACACCGCUGAUCGCCGG